ACCGAUUUGAUCUGGAGAACCCGGGCAGGCAAGGACGUCGUUUGAGCUUGUGGCCGCAUCCACGGUGAAAUCAGUCUAAAUAUCGUUUUCUGGAGGAUAUCCUGCUUACUCCCGUGUGACGAAAGGGUUGUGGUGAAGAGAGAGGAAACAGAGGAGGUGUCAUAUCCGCUGUGUGUGUCGCCGGUGCUUGUCGCGAAUAUGUGCUGCAGUUUCGGCUGAAUGUGAUCGUCUGCCAUGAAAGCGAUGGAUUGCCGACGUGUUUCCUACUUUCAUACUGACCUUAUCGCGUCUCGGAUGUCCCAUAUCGUUGUCCUAUUCGGUACUCUCCUCAGCUUGGCCCUGCUCAGUUCCCAAGGCCUAGCGGAUGCAUACGUACGUUCCAAGCACUAUGGUCACCACUACCGGAAUUCCAACUCACGGGCCGCAAGGACACUUGAAGGGGACCCAGUACCCUACUUCGACAACAGUACCUCGCGGAAUGUCACCACGAGUGCGGGAAAGGCCGUCUUUCUGCCCUGCGUAGUGCGACAUCUUGGAGACAGAACGGUGUCGUGGAUACGUCGUCGGGACCUGCACGUUCUGACUGUCGGUCGGUUUACAUACACUUCCGACCAGCGUUUCCAGACCAUCCACUUGGACUCCACUGACGCGUGGACACUCCAGAUCCAGUAUCCGCAAAAGAGGGACGCUGGCGUCUACGAGUGUCAGGUCAGCACGCUGCCCAAGAUAUCGCGCUUCAUAACGCUCAACGUCAUUGUAAGCAAGGCUGAGAUUCCGGGCGGCCCAACCCUCUAUCUGAACAGUGGCAGUACGCUCAACUUAACGUGCGAAGUCCUGGAGAGCCCGAUGGCACCAGACUACGUGUUCUGGUACCACAACGGCAAGGUGAUCAACUACGACGUCAACCGGGGCAUCGCGGUGCACACGGAGAAAAGCCCGCACACUCGCAGCAGGCUCCUAGUCAGCAACGCUCAGCCAACCGAUUCUGGAAACUAUUCGUGCGUUCCAUCAAACGCCGACGCAGCCGACAUCUCGGUACAUGUACUCAAUGGUGAGAAUCCGGCCGCCAUGCAACAUGGCAAACGCACAUCAAACGCCAUGCUCAACACCUGCUCUCCUCUUGCUCUAUACUCAGCCGUCUUCAUCGUGAUUUUACAAAGAGUCUGGCAACAACGGUGACAUGGUGGGUGAGCGUCACUUCCUGGGGCACAUGAUCAACAUAAACAGUUGCCAAUCAUUGCUGUAGUGACGUCAUGCUGGAACAGCCACCACCAGGUGUCGCUAUAAAACUCAGCAGUGACUCUCAUCACCUUUGUGUGAUACUGUACAUAACUUAGUGUGCAAUAGUGUGAACAAGACUUCAGCAACGUUCCAUGAACUGAAUCAUACGUGCUGCAAGUGCAUCACGGAACAUCAGCGUGCAUCGUGAGUGUGUCACAUGAGCAUCAGUGAAUGCAUCGGGUGCACUAGAGGUGCAUCAAGUCUUCAUCAAGUGUGUCGAGACAGACCCUCAUCGUGGCAUUCCUUUCUGCAGAGUGCGAGUUUGUCUAAUGGAGGGAAGACAUGAAUCACGUGAUCGAACACGUUACCCGUAGUUUACCAGUACACGCGUAGUAGCGUUGAUUAUGAUUGGGGGAAAGAGAGACUGUUGUUGAGAAACAGCCAACGAGAAAGGACGAUGCCAUAGUUCCUCACGUACGCGGCGUCAGAUGACUUUCUAUGACAAUUACCUGUCAUAUCUUUUUUUAAGACCACAUCUUUUUGUCCUCGUUGAAUGUGAAGAUUUCGACUUGUCGUUCCAACGCGUUUCUUAUCUUCAAUGUAAGGUAUUCGUUCGAGAUUUCGUUUUUUGUCUACGCGAGUGUCAAGGGCACGACACUGCUGGUCAGUUCUACCAUUAAGGGAGAGAUGAGGAAGAGAAUAUUUUGUUUACUACCUUGAGGUGAACUUCAUCGUUCUUCGUUCGACGUUGCCCGCGAUCCAUUUUUAUGAUUCCGUACUUCUAGUCUGUGCACAUCUUUCUGCGCGAGCAACUACAUUGUAGUUCAUGUAAUAUAUAAAGAGAGAUCGUAAAGUCUGUAAGUAAUAAAAUAUGUUUGGGGUACCGUU